AUGGAGGCACCCCAAGGAGGACUGCCUGAUGGUCAAGAAGAAGCCGCUAAGGCCGCCAUCUUGGAUAAGGUCAUGAAGGGACGCCAACCAACGGAUCUGAUGCUACGAUGCACUGUUCUGGACUCUGAAGGUAAUGUGAAGACAAUUUCUGGCCAAUUCAAGAAGUCCGAUAUGUGCACCGAACACGGUCUAAACCCUCGUGACUUGCGUAAGAUUGAUUCCCGAGUUCCAAACCUUGUAGCAACCAUCCUCGUCCGUGAACAGGCGUUUCUCGUGAAUAUACUCCACAUCCGAGCGCUGGUCAAAGCGGACUGCGUCAUUCUUUUCGACACCUAUGGAUCUGUCGAUUCAAGGCUGCACUCUGUCUUCCUCUACCAUCUGGAGCACAACCUUAAAGUCAAAGGCUCCACGUCCCCCUAUGAAUUCAGAGCCUUGGACUCUAUUCUACUUUCUGUCCUGAGCGCGCUCGAGGCAGAGAUGGUGUUCAUUCGGAAUCUAGUGGGCGGAUUGCUGGCCGAGCUUGAAGAUGAUAUCGACCAUGAUAGAUUCAAGCGGCUCUUGCAUUACUCUAGGCGGCUAGCCAGCUUCCAGAAUCGUGCUAAACUCGUUCAACAAGCCAUCGACGAAGUGUUAGAACAAGACGAGGAUCUGGAUGCGAUGUAUCUGACCGAUAAGAAAAAUCAAAAGGAGCGCCACGACCACAACGAACUUGAAGUCCUCCUUGAGUCCUUCUCAAAGCAAGUAGAAGAAAUCGUAACGGAAGCAAAUAAUAUAGAUGCUAAUGUACAAUCUACGCAAGAAAUCGUGGAACUUAUUCUCGACUCUAAUCGCAACUCCCUUCUCGCACUAGAUCUCAAGGUGUCUAUAGGAACCAUGGGUAUCGGGGCUGGAGCCCUGGUUGCCGGGCUGUUCGGCAUGAAUUUGAAAAGUACCUUGGAGGAAUCAGACUAUGCCUUCUUAGGGAUGACCAUCUUGUCGGCGGUUGUGGCGGCUGCCGUAUCUUGGGCGGGACUGCGCAGGCACGUCAUGAUCAGUCUUGUUGCGCGAGCGUGA